UCUUCACCAGCAUAUCAUCAAUGUAGACCUCCAUGGUGUUGCCGAUCUGCUUUUUGAACAUCCGAUUCAUCAGCCUUUGGUUUGUCGCCCCGGCGUUCUUUAGUCCAAAUGGCAUCACUUUGUAACAGUAAACUCCCUUCGGAGUGAUAAACGUCGUUUUUUCCUGAUCUGGGGGAUGGAGAAGGAUCUGGUGAUAUCCCGCUCGGGCAUCCAGGAAGUCCAUGCGUUCAUAUCUGGCAGUGGCAUCCACUAGCUGGUCCAUCUUUGGUAGGGGGUAGUCAUCCUUGGGACAUGCCUUGUUUAGAUCUGUGAACACGUCAUUUCCCCCUUCUUCUUCGUGCAAACUGUGUUAGACAGCCAUUCUGGGAACUGUAUCUCUCGAAUGGCGUUGGCCUUCAGGAGUUUGUCGAUUUCUUUGUUGACCGCGCAGGCGUGAUGCGGGGCCAUGCGUCGUGGCUUCUGUUUAACUGGCUUGUGUGCCGGGUCAACAUGCAGCUUGUGCGUGAUUAUCUCGGGGUCUACCCCCGUCAUUUUCAUUGCGUUCCAAGCAAACACGUCUGCAUUUUCCCUUAGGAACUCAAUCAUCUCCUCCUGUUCGGCUGCGGGCAUCGCAAUCCUAACUAAGAAAUAUCUUUCUUCUUCUCCCUCCACCAAGGGCACCUUUUGGAGGUCCUCCACCGACCGCUCAGUUGGGUCUAUCUGGGGGUCAUCCAUUCCUGGACGCCCGGACUGUGAUUGUUAUUUCUCCAUGAUCUCUUCCGGGGCUCGCCCCUUUUCUUGGGUGAACGCUCCGGCUCUAACAGCUAAAUAAAAACAAUCUUUUGCA